AUGACUUCGGAGACAAAGGAUUUUGACGUAAUUCGCGUCUGUCGCAGCGAUGGUGCGGAUUCAGGACCAGGCUACUGGCCCGCACCGACAAUACCAUCACUCUCCGGCGCGGUCAAGAAGACGGUGACCGAUAAGAUCCCAAGAGCCAAGCCUCAGAUGACGCGGCUGGCCGAGGAUGAUGCUCGGUUUGUCGAAUGGAGGGUGAAGCUGGGGAUACUACUCAAGCAGGAGCUAUCUCCUACUCCCGAUGAGGGAAACGCCUGGUACGUCCAGUUCCCGAGGGGAUACUGGCUGUAUGAACGGUCCAAGCACCUCUGGGUGUCGGGCUACCCCAUCAAGGCCAAGCUGUUCAAGACGCCCCAGGAGUUCGCCCUACACCUGAUCUGGCUCCUCUCCUCGUCGUCGGACUACAAGGACUGCUGCUGCGUGCACUGCAACCUGCCCAGCCUGCCACGGCAGUCGUCCUCUACGGGUGAGGACACGCCCAUCCUGUCGACCAGGGAGUCGCCCAUCAAGCCAGAUCCCAGCAAGUCCUCCUCGUCGUCGUCCAAGGUGACCCCCCACGAGCUCGUCCCCAUCGGCCACGCAGCCGUGCAGCAGCGCGUCGCGACCAAGACGACAGAGGACAUGCGACCGUUCCUGGCGUUCAGCGUCCCGCCCGUGGCCAUGGCCGAGCUCAAGGACAAGCUAUUCGACCAGGUCCCGUGGGAACACAUGUUCCAUCAAGUCGCCGCCGCUGCUGCCGCCGCCGCCGCUGCUGCUGCAGGUCCCCCCUCCGGAGCCGGGGCCAGCAGCAAUAGCAAGCGCGACCUCCUCGCCCUCGACGCCUCCAAGAUGGCGGCUCUGAAGAUCGACUACUCCCACUCCCUGUGGUCUCCCAUGUCCGAGGACCCGGUCGGCAAGACGGUCUCGUACUACGGGUGCUUCCUCGGCGCCGAGCGCGUCGAGAUAGGCGACUGCCUCCGCCUCAAGUCCCUCCCCGCCGAGCUGGGUCCGGCCGCCGCCGCCGCCGGCGAGUCGGCCGUCCUCGGCGUGGGCGCGAUCUUCACGUCGGCCAACCUCCCCGGCGACGUCCUCUUCCGCGGCCACGCCUACAUGCUUGUGCGGGCCGACGGGAAGAAUGCUCCCCCCGGCGCCGCGCCCGUCCAGCCCGACAAUCUGCCCAUCGCCCUGAGGGACGAGGUCGGCUGGCGAAAUUCGCUGGGCGGGAAUGCCGCCGCCGCCGCCGCCGCCGCCGGCGGCGGUGGCUGGUCGUGGGUCAUGGUCAAGGACGGUGUCGUCCUGGGGGAGCAGUACAUACGCGGACGUUUCUAUCCCACACACCGGCUCAUGCCCAUCCUCGACAUGUCCAGGUUCCAGCACGCCGUGCAGCAGGGCCAACUCGACGGCCACGCCCAGCUGGCCCAUCUGAAUAACCGUAUGGAGGGGGCCGGGAGGUAUAUCGGCAGGAGGAUGAGCAGGUUGGACACGCUCGGGGGUUCAGUACCGCACGGCUGUCGGUUGGCUAUGGAGGAUCAUGUCAGGGAGGAUGUGGGUCGGUGA